UUCUUUUUAGGGUUCUAUCUUUUUCUCUGUGCUCUCUCAACUGGGUCCCACGUUGGCCUGCAAAACACAGCAGUACAGCACACACAGCUGGGUCAUUAUUAAAUCUUCCUCAACCAGCAACUUCAACUUCCUCAUUCUCCACAACGGUUCUACACUCCCUUCUUUCCUACACUCUCUCUUCUAUCUUUCUUUACACACUUAACUCACCAAAAACCAUGGCUAAGGCUUCAGAAGAGGCUGACCUAUGGCUUCACCACAACACCACUACUCCUGACUUGGCUGUCGCCGAGUUUGGCUUCCCUUCCGAGUUCCCCUAUGAGUUCGACUCGUUCGGGUUGGAGCCACUCAGCUCACCGCCUGUGGAGUCCGUCGCCGGUUCCACUGAGACCGAGAGCAGCGACGAGGAGGACUUCUUUGCCGGGUUGACUCGCCGGCUCAGUCAAGCAACUGUUCACGAAACUCGGAACCAGCAGCUCAGUAGUGUCCCCAUCAGCAACAGUGACAAAGCUGAGAGAGAGAAGACGACUCGGGUCCUAGCCGGGUCACCCCAGUCCAUACUGAGCGGAAUCGGGAGCUGGUCCGGUCGAAGUGCGGGGUCCGGCGACGGAAGCCCUGAAGGCGGUUGUUCCCGAGUUUCGUCGCCGUUUUCCGCCGCGAACGACGCCUGGGAGGUCAUAUCCGCCGCCGCUGGUCAAGUCGCGAGGCUGAAGAUGCACGCCGGCAGCCCCACCGCUACAGCCGCAGCGUCGAAGCUUGAUUUCCAAACCCGAGGAGUCCUCGGCGGCCUCCCUCACUCAACUGCCUCCUUCGGGAAUCCAAAUCUUUCUCAGAUUUACAACCACGCGCCUCAGGUUCCGUACCAGACGGUUAUGCAGGAGCACUUGUUCAAGCAGCAGUGUAGUUCUGUGUUGGGAAGGCAAGGGAAUAAUAACAAACCGAUUAGCUGGUCGAGUCAGCAGUUACGUGGGGGCGUGAAAUGCGUGCGCGUUAUGCCUCAAUCUUCUGCAUGGCACAAUCUGCACCAAGUUAAGAACCACCAGAACCAACAGCACAUGGCGCGUGCCGGAUCCGGAUCAAGACCCGUUUUUCAAUCCGGAUCUGGUGCUGGUGGUAUUAAAAGGGGUUGUGCUGGCACAGGUGUUUUCUUGCCACGCCAAUACGGUGCCCCUCCUCCUGAAACACGCAAAAAAACAAGCUGUGCACCUGUUGUGGUCCCAGCAAAGGUUAUGCAUUCUCUGAACUUUAACAACAAUGACCUCAAUGUUAACGCUGCUACUACUACUUCCACCCAACAGCAACGAUUCACAAGAGCUUUUUCAGACUAUGAUGCGUUGCUGGCAAGGAGAAAUGCUCUUCUGAUACAGCAGCAGAGACUUGCUGCAGCUUUACGGCGAGAAGAGACAGCUACUUAUGAAGCUGCUCUGCCUCAGGAAUGGACGUAUUGACGUCUCUUCGUAAUUUGAAUGAAGAUUAAAGAUUCAGUUUCUCCAAUGGGGUGAAGCAGCAAUAGGGCAAUACUGAAGAUGAGAGAAUUAGUAAAGUUUUAAUAUUAGUAGGGUUGUCAUAGGGCAGUUGGUAUUUUAGGGUUUUUUUUUUGAGUUUUUUAUUAAUAUAAAGAUGUGAUUCAAGAAUGUGUUUAGGUGAAAUAAGAUCAUCCGGUUUUUGGGGGGAAGAUGCAGCUAUUCGGGGUCUUUCAAAGAUCUUUGAUUAUUAAUUAUUAAUAUUUAUUAGUUGUAAUAAGUUAAGGGAGGCCCAUUUUCUUACCAUCUUGUAAUAUGUUGAUGGAUGGAAGUGUGUUAGUGGGGUUUGUUAGAAAGUGUUUGAAAAAAAUUGCCCAUAACUCUUGCUCGUUAUUACAGAGUAGUAUAUGUAAUAAUAAUAAUUUAUACUAUAGUGUGUAGUAAAAAGAAGGCUGAGUUUGUGCUUUUUACUGUUUCUCA